GCCUUUGGACGCUCUAUACCGAGCACCGGAGUUAUUUCACGUCGGUUGCAUCGAGUGCACGGACCAUUGGCAAGCAGCGACUUAACCGGGGGACGUCUCGAGGUUGCCUCGCCGCCGAUAUCCACGGGCCAUCGAAUGGAAACGAUCCUCAGCAAGGAGAAACGCUCUAGAGACCUUGCCGAGACUGGUUGUCACGAACCUCUUCAUCGUGGACGCGGCGUACGAUUCGAAGAUGGAGGACGUGCCUAUUAUAACGAAGGAUCAAUGUCGCGUGGAUUUAACGAGUUCCAAAAAUGAAAAUGCGACGGAACACGACGGAGACUUGACCGAGUACAGACACUGGAGUUUCAUCAAACGUCACAAACUGAUAUAUUUGGUCCAAGGUUUGAUACUUGUGUCGAUACUGUCUUUCGCUGGAAUAAUGAUAUAUCUGAGCGUUGCUUGUGGUUACAUCUACGCAGCUCGCCGAAUAGACGAGAUUAACGAACGAGGGCGUCUGACGAUCGACGCUCCCUCUCUGGAAGAUCGGACGACAAAUCCAAUCCUCCAAGACCUGUACCGACACUUUUACAAGAGCCAACUUCACGAACGAAAUAAUAGCAGCGAGUUGCGAUCGAUAGUACCGAUGGAUCGGUCUCGUCGGGAUCUCAACAAGUUGGAAAGUCCCUGCAAGCUGAACAUGGAGUACUGCAAGAAGCUGAUCAACUCGAUGUGGAGUAUCGCGAGCAUCGUGAACAACAGCAUGCCGCAUCUGCAGAGUUUCCUGAAGAACUUCCCCGCGGAAACGACGCAGAACGCGACGAAAUCGAAGUUCGUCGAGCUGGUCGAGUGUCUGCAGUGCAAGAACGACUCGAUCACGUUCAUCGACGACACCGGCGCGGACAAUCUCGCGCAUUAUCCGCGAACGAUGCUGGAACAUUCCGACAACAGUCAGAUUCGCAACAACGUUGGUAUAGUCAGCGAUCUGUUGAACGACGAGAGACACGGUGAGGAGGAGAAUUUGAGAGCUAAUUUAGAAAUAGAACCGACAACUAUGAAGACGACUGUGGCUGGGGAGAAUGUUGAAACUACGUCUGAGAGUGGUUGGAAAGCGGAUACAGGGGAGAUACAAACCACUUUGAAAACUCCGUCCCCGAGUGAAACGAUGGAACACAGCGACAAGAACGUAGUCACGGAAGCGACGGUGAUUAACGCGAGGACGAGUAUACAAACUACACCGAAGGCGGAAGAUACGACGACGAGAAUGGACGAGCAAACGAUCGGAAUCGGCGAUACUAACCGGUCCGUGGUCACCGUGAACGUGACAGCCAAACCAGACGACAACAACGUGACGAAAAUUACGAUCGACCCGGUGCAUCAUUCGGUGCAUACUUUGAGUCAAGGUCAGCAGCCGUUAAUGAACGAGCAAAAGGAAACGCAAGCGAGAGAUGCCGAGAGUUGGCCGACGUUCCGCGACGUGCAAGGUAGAAUCGUCAACAAAGGGAACAUAGACUCGGGUCCAACGGCAGAGACGAUGAAGUCCAGCCAACAGUUGCAACUGACGCCGACGAUGUCCUGGGUGCCGUACCAAGUCUGUUUCUACGGAACAGACGCGCACAAUCCGACGAAACAGUCGACCGCAGGUCAAGCGAUGUAUUCAGCGUCGUCUCCAGCAAUUCCGUAUCCGCCCGCGAUGUCGCAGCUGCGUCAAGGCUUCCAGAACUUCAAUCAACCGUCGGGUUACAUACAGGUUCAAGCGACUGCCCAGCUGUUGCCGAUGCAACCAAGCCUUGGGAACUUUGGGCCGUCGGUUGGUCAGAGAAUCGGUUUGCCGACUGGUCCCGCGAUUGGCAAUUAUCCGACUUUCCCCAGUUCGGGAGGGAUGCUCCCUAGCGCCGCCGCAAAUUCUAACGGCAAAACGCCGUACUACUGCACCUACAUUCCCGCUCCGACGUUCCAGUUCCCGCCGAUUCCUGGGGUACCAGAUUACCAGAGAUCUUCCGUUCCAUACGAGGAAGCGGAAGAAACGGACAACUCGGUGGAGAGUAAGGGGGACGAGAAGAAUUUUCUGUUUGGUACAUGUCCCUCGAGUAUGAUUCAAUGUGGUGAUAAUGGCCGAUGUAUAGCGAGAUCGCAGUGGUGCGACGGCAUAGUGGAUUGCAACAACGCCAUUGACGAGACGAGCUGCUCCUGCAGAGAGCGGAUUUCGCAGGAACGACUCUGCGACGGGUAUUUCGACUGCCCGUACGGCGAAGACGAACUGGAAUGUUUGGGUUGUCCAAAGAAUACCUUCAGCUGCAACGAUUGGCAACAACAGUACACGACUGUCAAUUGCGUGCCGUUUUCCCAACGUUGCGACGGAGUGCGUCAGUGUGCCAAUGGAAAGGACGAAACGGACUGCAACGUUCUCACUCCCUCGUACAACGAAGGGAAUAAAGUAUUCACGAUCGGUUACACCGAAGGAUACCUCCACAAGAACUACAAAGGACAAUGGUACCCGGUGUGCACAGCGAUCGAUGCCUGGGUGAAGGAUGCCUGCGUCUCCGAAAUCGGUUUGGAAACCAGCGACUCUGCCGAGAUAACGAUCCGCUCCAUGCCACGGAACGUGUACCAAGGCCCCUAUCUGACCCAAGUGAACAAUCAAUUGAAGUUGAUUCCCUCGUGCAUGAACAGAGCGGUGUUCGUGCGUUGUGCACGGUUCCCUUGCGGAACUACCGUUUUCUCUCGCGAGGACACCAUGCGACCUCACGCGCUGGAGAAGGAGGAUCAACAGCCGUUGCAGGUGGCCGAUCAAAUCGUCUGGCCACUGUACGUCAACAAGAUAGAUUCGAAACGCGGCGAGAACGAAAAGAGGGUGGCCAGGGAUCAGGACGACAUGGUUGGCUCGCAGUUGCGCGUCGUCGGUGGUCGCGCGAGUCACCCGAAAGCGUGGCCGUUUCUCGUGGCCGUUUACAAGGAAGGGAUUUUCUACUGCGGCGGUGUGAUCCUGAGUGAACUUUGGGUGCUCACGGCUGCUCACUGUCUCGACGGCUACGCGGGCCAGUAUUUCGAGAUCCAGGCGGGUGUGCUCCGGCGAAACUCGUUCUCGCCGAUGUCGCAGUUCAGGAGAGCCAGGUACAUGAUACUGCACUCGCAGUACGACCCGAGAAGCAUGAGGAACGACAUCGCGAUGAUCAUGCUGGACGAUCCUCUGCGAUUCAAUCGAUGGGUGCGGCCGAUCUGUCUGCCUGGGCCGGAUCUACUGGGGCCCAUGUGGAGGAACAAGCCGGAGCCCAACUCCACUUGCAUAGCUAUCGGUUGGGGCGCUGUCAAAGAGUUCGGAGAAAAUCCGGAUCAUCUGAGGGAAGUGGAGGUGCCGAUACUGGCGAGUUGCAAGUACGAAGAUGACCGGAACGACGCCGUCAUUUGCGCCGGGUAUCCUCAAGGAGGUCGUGACGCUUGUCAAGGAGACAGCGGCGGUCCUCUACUGUGCAGAAAUCCGUACUCGGAAUCGCAGUGGUACGUAGCAGGCGUAAUCAGUCACGGGGAAGGCUGUGCUCGACCGAACGACCCGGGUGCCUACACAAGGGUCAGCUACUUCGUCGACUGGAUUCGAGAGAUUUCCAGUGGUCGGGGGGCGUCUCCUCUGAAACGCACCCCUCUGCAGAAAUGUUCGGGAUUCAGUUGCGACGGAGGCCUGGGCAAGUGUUUGCCGAUCGAGGCCCGUUGCAAUCGGAUAGUCGACUGUCUCGGCGGCGAGGAUGAGAUGAAUUGUAACGGCCGUUAUCCGCUUUACGAGCAGUCGGACAACACCACGGCCGAUUUUGAACGGCGGAUUGUUUCGACAACGAUGGACGUGGACGUGUCUACGAUGUCUAACGAGAUCGUCACCGGUAAGCUCGCGAUAUCCAACAACUUGAUCCACCAUGCGACCGAUAAAUCAAUGUCUAUGGAACAGGAAAUGAAGUCCAUGGACGAUAAAUUGACCUCGACAACUUCUGGCCUCGAAAAUCGGCCAUCGUCAACCCCAACGACGACCCCCGCGAUAUUCAUUUGUACAAGGCUGCUUCAAACGAUUCCAAUCGAAAAGAGAUGCGACAGAGCGGUCGACUGCGAGGACGGCACCGACGAAAUGAAUUGCACCUGCAGGGACUUUUUAGAGGUUUUGAAGCCAAGCGCCGUGUGCAACGGUUACGCAGACUGUGACGAUCUCACAGACGAACAGAACUGCGCACUUUGCGCCGAGGAUGAAUUUCUGUGCAGGAAAAACAGGGCUUGCAUUCCAAUGGCGAAGAAAUGCGACGGAAAGUUCGACUGUUACUACAAAGAGGACGAGCUCGACUGCUUCACGCUUACCGACGACCAGCGCGUGUAUCUGGACGGCGACGGCCUGCCAUUUUUAAACGAGCAAGGAUAUGUGACCAAGUACUACCCAGACGGGAAUUGGAAAACGACCUGCCACCGUCCGAAAGUUCAUCAUCCACGAAAUCAGUCCACGGUAGUGCUCAUCGGUGAAAAUAUAUGUAUAUAUUUUGGUUUCAAAAACCAUCAGUCGUCGGAGUCGGUCGACGUGAGGAAUUCGAAGCUGGAAACGAUAGUGUGGCAGAAAGGGAAGCCUACGUACCAGGUAGUAGAGUACUCGUCAGCGGCCUCUCUGAACCAGCACGACAAAACAACCUGUCCGGGGCUGUAUGUUCACUGUUCGCCGACGCUCGGCGGCAGCAUGUUCGCGCAUUUGGUUACAGACGCGAGUACCGGAAGUCGCGACUACCUGUGGCCGUGGUUGGCCGCCAUCUUUGUCGACGGACGCCACCGCUGCGUGGCGCUGCUUCUAGACCCAAACUGGUUGCUAUCCGCCGCGAAAUGCCUCGAGAAUACCAGGUUAGAUGCGAAUUACGUGACAGCCGUUCUCGGUUUCGGUCGCUCGUUCCGUCACCUAGACGGCCCUCAUCAACAGAUCUCGAUCGUCGACGAGCUGCAUCCUGUGAACAACUCAGUGGCCGUUUUGUUGCACCUGAAAGAACGAGUCCGCUUCAGCCGUUACGUGCGACCGUUGUUCGUCAACAAAACGAUUUAUCCGGCAGGGGCGAUGGAUACCUGCGUGGCCGUUGGAACGAGCGACGAUCACGAGAUGAAGUCAGCUUUCGUGAGGCCUGUUCUACAGAAUUGCCCAAGCUGUCAACGAUGCUUCGCCAGUCGAAUCUCGAGUUCCGAGUGUUGGGGGAACGAAACGUCGAAUUGGAGCGGCACGAUAUUCUGCCGUAGCAGAAAGGGAUGGUAUCCGGCCUCUGUCUUCCAGCAUGACAGAGAGAUUUGUAAUUUCGAAAGUGUGCGAAACACGACGAGCAUCGAACACGUGAAUCCCUAUCUGACGCAAGCAAUCGAUGGCCCGAGACACUCGGUGGAGCCGACGGUUUGCAACGGUUUUCGGUGCAACGUUGGACAGUGCAUCCCGCAAAGUCGGGUAUGCGACGGUGUUCCGGACUGUCGGGGCCGCGAGGACGAGGAUUCGAAUUACUGCGGACCGCUUCGAGAGAACUGCGAACACAGCGUCGACGGUUGUGUUUGCACGAAGACGGAGCUUCGCUGCAGGAACGGCAAAUGCGUGGACAAAAGUGCGUUUUGCGACGGGAACGUCGAUUGUCCGGACGGAUCUGACGAGCCUACGAUAUGCACCUGCGCGGAGUACCUGAAAUUAACGUCUCCGGAACGAUUGUGCGACGGCGUGCGCCAUUGUCUGGACAAAACUGACGAAUCGCCGGAGAUGUGCCCAUGCAGGGAUUCCAGCUUCAAAUGCAAAACAACAACUGGAAACAAUACGUGCAUACCGCAAGAUUUCAUCUGCGACGGGCUGAAAGAUUGUUCUGACGGCGAGGACGAGGCAACGUGCCGAGUGUUGAUACCGUCUUCGAACGACAGGAACAAUUCCGGAGAGGUGUUCCGUCGAAGUUAUGGCGUCUGGCACACCGAGUGCUUCCCGAAUCCCGUCGUGCACGAGGAAGACUCGGCGAGCCUGUGCAAAUCUAUGGGAUACAGUUCGGGAACCGUCGACAACGUUACGAUGAUCGCUGACGAACCAAGAAUCCCGAAGCAAGACGAAUUUCACAUAGUGAAGCUGAAUCAAUGGUCGUGGAUGGCACUGAGAAACGACAAGCCGUUGAUAACGUUGGAGAAAUCGAACGGCAUUUGCCAUCGUGCGUUCGUCACUUGCUUCUAACUAAUUUAAUCAAGCAUUAUUAUUAACGCGUGGAUAAUUUAUUCAGGGUUGUCCAAAACUCUCUCUCUCUCUCUCUCUCUCUCUUUCUCGUAUUUAUUUUAUUUUUAAUUUAUUAUCACGGCGUAUUUGUUGCGUAUCGGAGAAGAAACGGAAGGAUAAUGUUGUAAAAUAGCUGUUUUAAAUAAAAGAUUAAAAUUUCGAA